UUUAACACCUAAUUGUUCCGUUUCCAGUUAAAAGACAAAGGAUUGAAUGGAAGGCGUUAUGACCGGAGCAGCAUCUCAAUAUGCAGGUUUUCAAGUAAAGCAUAACUGCUGAGAAGUUUCAUGAAUUUGUGGUUUAAAAUGAGAUGUUGCGAAAAGAAUCGAUCGAGUGACUGGUUUGGUACCCUUGUUGGCGUGGUAACGCUCUUAGAAAGUCGAUGAGCGUUAAAUAGAGCUGCUCAAGCCUGAAAUACAGGCAAAGUGACUGUCAAGGAGACUUGAUAUUGUACUUGCAAUGUUGCGUUAAAUGAAAACUGGUGCUCGGUAUACACGCACUGGUCUUAUUCACAUUUUUGCAGUUGGCGUGAGACAGUAAAAUGGAGGAGGCACAGAAUGUUGGUCUUUCUGUGGGACAAGUACUUGUAACCGGUCUUCUGCUUUCUAUCGUGCCCGUGUUUCAAGGAACCUAUUGCGGUCGUACACUCUCACAGGAAUUCAAUGCUGCUGAAAAUCGAGCACUGGGAAAUGCCACAAUAUGGUCGGAUAGAGUUGGUACUCUUGUCGGCUGUGUGAGUCGGUGCCACUCUUGGCAAGCUUGCAAAUCAGUCAAUUACUUCAAGAACAAUCGCAGGUGUGAUCUCAACAAUGCCACGAGAGUCGAUUCGCCAAAUGACUUCGUUGCAGACCAAGGGAGUGUGUACUUCGAUGGUAAUGGCGACACACCUGGGUUUUCCGUAGCGGAUCACAGCGACGUUCAUACACCCGGAUUCCCCGUCACGGUGGAGCCACGUUACAGCGAUUGCCAGAGUUUACUGGAGGCAGGUUACAGUGUGAGCAGUAUCUAUACGAUAUUCCCCGCGGGAUUCUCGGAUGGUCUGAGGGUGUACUGCGACAUGGAGACCGACGGUGGAGGCUGGCUUGUCUUUCAGAGGCGUCAGGAUGGCAGUGUCGACUUCUACCGCGGCUGGGCUGACUACCGCGUGGGCUUUGGGGACUUGGCUGGUGAGUUUUGGCUCGGCAACGACAACUUGCGCACCUUGAGUAAUUCUGCUGGAUCUUGGGAUCUUCGAAUCGAUUUGGAGGACUGGGAUGGCAACAUAGUCUGGGCCGAGUACGGAGAUUUUCAAAUAUCGGGAUGGAAUUUUCGACUGAGCUUUGGUUCGUACAACACGGACAGUACUGCCGGAGACUCACUCAGUUACCACAACUACCUGCCGUUUUCAACAAAGGACUAUGAUCAAUCUUUUGAUAAUUCCUGUACAGAGUUGGAGAAGGGAGCUUGGUGGUAUGAUUCGUGCUCUUCUGCAAACCUGAACGGUAUGUACUUGACUAAUCCGUCUUCAGAUUCUGGUGAUGAAGGCAUCACAUGGAGUUCUUGGAAAGGAUUUUACUACUCGCUCAAAAAAUGUAGCAUGAAAAUUCGAAGGUCAUUUUAAAAGUGUGAACUAAACGCAUGGGUCUUGCAAUAACGUUUACAGUCACUAACUGCGCCUCUGUUCGGAUGCUGGGUACACUCAAAUGAAAACAAGUGUAAUAUUGUGAAAAGGCACAUGUUGCUCAUCACAAGUCCGUGAAAAAAGGCCACUCAAGAUGAGGGCUGCACACAUUGGAAAGAGAAAGAAAAUGGAAAUCAGAACGGAACCAGCAGAGUUCAAUAACUACCUUUGGGAACAAUAAGAGAUGCAUAAAUUAUGUAUGAGAAAAAGCAAGAAUAGACAGUCUCUAAAUUUGAGGCAUAAGAGUUGCAAGGCUGGUCACCGGCAGUGGGUCAAAUUGUAAUUGUAAUUUAUGAUUAUGUAGGCAAAUAGUUUUUGUUCUCCCCC